CGACUCUGCUGCAAAGGAGACGCGUGAGAGAGCAGUCCAAAAGACCCGUUGCCCAUCGCCCGAGGACGACGACGAGGAGCAGAAAGAUGGCGCCAACGUCACAUCAGCCGGCGAUGCCGACGCCGAAGCAAACGACCCGAGGGCACUGCGGUCGCGCAAAAGCUCCGGGCGAGGGCUGCUUCUCUCAUCACGUUCUCAGAAACUUCCGUUCGGCACAAGAUUCCACGAUAGGAGCCGCAACGGCAGUUUCCCCUUUCAGAUCAAUGAAAUGUUUCUGGGAGAGAGGAGCUCGCGGGGGUUUGUGACCAAUGGCCUACUGCGCAUCUACAACGACAGUAUGGAGAAUGCUCUGUCGUGCUGGCUGACGGAGCACAACUGUCCAUACACGCUGCAAAAGUACAAGCCUUCUGUGCUCUCCGUGGGAAAAGCAGACCGAGAAUGGGGCACUUCCUGGGGCAACAGAAUGUACAACCGCGUCAUCCAGCUGGACCGAGCAUACAACUCCCUCCGCAUACGGACGUUGACGGCCGAGGAAGAGCGUACAGUGUCCAAAGCCCUCAAAAUGACUGUUGUGGCUUUUGCCUCACAGUGGGCCCAAGCCGGCGAAAGAGGCACUGGUUUUCCUUCACCAGACUUUAGCUUCACAACAGACGAGUUCCCAGAGUCAAACUACUUUGAACGCUCAAUGCAGGAGUCACUCUGGCAUCAGACUUCGCAGAUACUGCAUCGUGCAGCUGGCAUUGACUCGUUCCGCGUAGUUUUCGCCAUGAUCAUCUUCUCGCUGACCCAGCGACCCCUCGAUCUAUCCCGACCGGCUCCACAUCCCACAUCCAAGCUCAAGUCGCAGUACGAGUAUUUCAAGAAUUUGAUACAGGACGAUGACGCCCCGAUUUUCCUUGAGAUAGCUCUGCGGCAGAUGAUGGCUCAGCGGCGAACACUGGAGCGCGCAGAACACGAAAUGCCAAGGCUACCCAACGGUGAGCCUCAGGAUCCUCUUCGGCCAGAAGACAGGGACACAUUCAACUUGCUGUACUGGCUUGGCGUCAUGUUCGAUACACUAUCUGCGGCAAUCUGCCAGCGCACCGUGGUUGUCAACGACGAAGACUGCGAGCUGCCGCGAUCUGAGAGCCAAAGACUUACCCAGUCAUCUGCAUGGCCCAUGGUUCCGACGGCGUACGAUGAGCAUCUGCUGGGCAUCAACACUAUUCCGCAAAUUCCCAACAUGAGUGAUAGCAGGGCUCCUCGGGACCACAAAGUUUGGGGCGACCUCUUCAUGCGCGACAUAGAAUUGCAAGCGGAUCCGCAAGCAACACGAUGGCCGUGUAGCUACAAGCUGGCCGCAUCGACACUGAGCUCUGCCGCACCAGUAAAAGUUCUUCUCUACCGGCGGGUAGCCCAGAUUCAAACACUGGUCUCGCGAAGGGCUGAGGCAUCUAAGAUUGAGGCCUCUAUCAACGCCGCCUUCCACGUCUACAACCACUGGAACCGAAACUACAACCCGUUUAUAACCGAUUGCGUAAAACACCACGCUACACUGCCCACGCGCGUGCAAUCCUGGUACAUACUCCUCGCCGGACACUGGCACCUGGGCGUCUUUCUUCUUUCCGACCUCCUCUCCACCAUUGACGAAACACGAUUAUCUCUCCCCAACGAACGAGCGUGCCGCCAAGUAUCCGAUCUCGUCACAACACUCCGCAAGCAAAACGCCUACGCGGUAGCCGAUCUUGCCCUCGCCAGCAUUCACAGUGCACAGGGUGAGGUAGCCGAGGAAUUCCACUUUGCCCUCAACCAAGCUGCGCUUCUGACAGAGCCUUGGACAAUAGUCUUUGUGCGGUCCCUCUGCAGGGCAGGCCACAUACUCGUGCAGACGACGGCAGCGGACUCUAGCGAGCAGGAGCGCAGCCAUGCAGCCACGCGCUGUGCCGAUUGCAUAGAGGGUCUGUGGUAUCUCGGCCGCAAAUCCGACAUGGCGUUCCUCGCCGCGAGGUGUCUUUCCAGCAUGCUGGAUGAAGCACGGCGUGAGGCUGCUGCACUCACAACAGCAACCGCAACUACGAAUACUGCAGCUACUACUGCAAUACCAACACCUGAAGACGAGGCAAGCGACGAUAUCCCAACUGCUGCCUCAUACCAUCUCGAUGAUGAAUCUACCCCAAGAGACGUAGCCGAACCACUCGAUUUCCCACAACAACCUCCAGGCACCACUGCCGCCAACUCCAACCCCGCCAUCGACUGCUCCACUUUCUUCCAACCCUGGUCCGUAGCUGAUAUAAUGGGCGGUACCAGUACCGGAUGUCAAAUCACUGCUGCCGCUGCCGCUGCCGCUGCCGCCGUUAGUACAGACCAGAUGCCUCCUCUGACCGAAUGCAAUAUCCUAGAUUUCCAAACUCCACUUGGUAUGGAUCCUUCGUUGUGGGAUUUUGGCCUGCAGUCUUAG